UGUGGGUAAACUGUCCCCAAAAUUUCAAGAACGCAUGCGUGCGCUAGCUCUUUCCUUUUGCCUCGUCGCAGCAGAGAGAGCAACAUGGGUCACCAGCAGCUGUACUGGAGCCAUCCGAGAAAAUUCGGCCAGGGUUCUCGUUCUUGCCGCGUCUGUUCAAACCGGCACGGCCUGAUCCGGAAGUACGGCCUUAAUAUGUGCCGCCAGUGUUUCCGUCAGUACGCGAAGGAUAUAGGCUUCAUUAAGUUGGACUAAGCGAACUUCCUUGAAUGGGUCAUUCAAGACAUCUACUUUAUUGCAGAAUGGCUAGCUCUUUGUACAUAAAAUAAAAUCUAAAAAUUCAA